AUGAAUCUCAGUCAGGCCGUGAGGAUUGCUGUGCAAGUCAUAGAGAAGCGUUACACCGAACAUCGAAUGAAGGUCAACGGACUCAACAUUCACUACACCGACUGGGGCAAUCCCGAUUCCCCGCACAUGUUCCUGGCCCACGGAGCAGUGGCUAACGCCAUCUACUGGGACUUGGUUGCGCCCGCUUUUCAAGCCGACUACCACAUCGUGGCGGUGACCGCGCGGGGCAGGGCUAAGAGCGACUACUCUCCAACGGGCAGCUACACGACCGAAGAUUACGUGCAAGACUUCCACGAACUCACUAUGGCCCUGGCAUGGAGAAGCUCACUUACGUUGGGCAAUCGAUGGGCGGGAAGAUCGGAAUGA